ACCACUAGCGCGAGUUGGUUUGUACGUUUAGUGGAAGAAAAAAUGGAAAAUAUAGCGCGUACUCAUGAAGAUAUCGAGGCGCAAAUCUCUGACAUUCAGGCGAAGAAGAGUGAAAUAGCCAAAACCACUGCAGCGGCGGCGGGCGUGGGUUUGUUGGACAGUGGCGGCUUCUUCGACACUGACUUGUAUGAUGAUGAGGCGGUGAAGGGAAAGGGACGCUACGAGGGCUAUAAUACAUCAAUAGCAGCCAACGAUGAGGGCGACGAAGAUGAAGAUGAUGGAUUUCCAGUGCCGCAAAAGCGCACUACAUAUACUGCACCAACAUCCGUGCUUAAGGAUGUUACACAGGGCAAGGAGGACAUUGAUCCGAUGGCCGAUAGAAGACGCCCUACAAUUGCGGAUCGUGAGGAUGAAUAUAGGCAGAAGAGACGACGCAUUAUCAUUUCGCCUGAGCGUGCUGAUCCAUUUGCCGAAGGUGGCAAGACGCCAGACGUGGGUUCUCGGACCUACACAGACAUCAUGCGGGAGCAGAUGUUAAAGGGUGAGGAAUCGGAGUUGCGUCGACGAAUUCUUGAGAAAUCCAAAGAUGGCACGCUGGUUAAGUCCUCAAAUGGCGAAUCAGCGCCCAAAGAAGGCGGGCGCAAACGUGGCCGUUGGGAUCAAACAGUGAGCGAUAGCUUUAUACCAGCCAAGGUGGCGGCUACGCCGAGCAGUGCAGCCACGCCCACUUGGGAAGAUAAAACACCGGGAGAUCAUCGUUGGGAUGAGACUCCUGGUCACAAAGGCAGUGAGACGCCUGGCGCCACUCCAGGUUUGAGCACACGCAUAUGGGACGCUACGCCGGCGCAUGCUAUGACACCGGGUCAUGAGACGCCUGGCCAUGAGAAAUCGGCGCGACGGAAUCGCUGGGAUGAAACUCCUUCGAAUGCCACAGAGCGUGAAACGCCGGGCCACAGCGGCUGGGCUGAAACCCCAAAACCAGAUCGCACGGGCAGCGGUGCAGGUGAGAGCAUUUCCAUUGAGUCAACGCCUGGUGCAUCAAAGCGACGCUCCAGAUGGGAUGAAACGCCGUCAAAUGCUACGCCCGCUGUAACUCCCACAAACAGCGCUAUGACUCCCAGCAUGACGCCUUCAAUGACGCCGCAUGCAACUCCCGGCCAUGUCACACCGAUGUUGACACCUGGAGGUAGUACACCAGUUGGUGUUAAGGCCAUGGCCAUGGCUACGCCCACUCCUGGCGCUUUAGCUGCCAUGACGCCGGAACAAUUACAGGCCUACCGCUGGGAAAAGGAAAUCGAUGAGCGCAACAGGCCUUACACUGACGAGGAAUUGGACCAAAUGUUUCCACCCGGCUAUAAGAUUCUGCCUCCGCCGGCCGGUUACGUUCCAUUGCGUACCCCUGGACGCAAACUAAUGGCCACACCGACGCCCAUUGCCGGCACACCGGCAGGAUUCUUCAUACAAGUCGAAGAUAAGAAUGCAAAAUUUAUGGAUAAUCAGCCGAAGGGUCAGAAUUUGCCGUUUAUGAAACCAGAAGAUGCACAAUACUUUGACAAGCUAUUGGUGGAUGUCAACGAGGAUACACUAUCGCCAGAGGAACUGAAGGAGCGUAAAAUCAUGAAAUUGUUACUGACUAUCAAGAAUGGGUCACCGCCGAUGCGCAAGUCAUCGUUGCGGCAGAUUACAGACAAGGCACGUGAAUUUGGCGCUGGGCCGCUCUUCAAUCAAAUUCUACCACUGCUCAUGUCACCUACACUCGAGGAUCAGGAGCGUCAUUUGCUGGUAAAGGUCAUCGAUCGUGUGCUCUAUAAACUGGAUGAUUUGGUACGCCCGUACGUACAUAAAAUUCUUGUUGUCAUUGAACCCCUGCUGAUCGAUGAGGACUACUUCGCGCGCAUCGAGGGUCGUGAGAUUAUUUCGAAUUUGGCCAAGGCGGCAGGAUUGGCCACCAUGAUUUCCACUAUGCGUCCCGAUAUUGACAACAUUGACGAGUAUGUGCGUAAUACUACGGCGCGUGCAUUUGCUGUGGUUGCCUCAGCUCUGGGCAUUCCCUCGUUGCUGCCCUUUUUGAAGGCUGUGUGUAAAUCGAAAAAAUCUUGGCAAGCUCGUCACACCGGUAUUAAAAUUGUUCAACAGAUUGCUAUCCUCAUGGGCUGCGCCAUAUUGCCGCAUCUGAAGGCGCUCGUAGAGAUUAUCGAGCAUGGCCUAGUGGAUGAGCAGCAGAAAGUUCGCACCAUUACGGCGUUAGCCAUUGCAGCUUUAGCCGAAGCUGCGACUCCCUACGGCAUUGAAUCGUUCGAUUCGGUGCUUAAGCCUCUGUGGAAGGGUAUACGCACACAUCGCGGCAAGGGUUUGGCGGCCUUCCUCAAGGCCAUCGGUUAUUUAAUUCCACUCAUGGACGCCGAAUAUGCCAACUACUAUACACGUGAGGUGAUGUUGAUUCUCAUCCGUGAAUUCCAGUCGCCCGACGAAGAAAUGAAGAAAAUUGUGCUCAAGGUGGUGAAGCAAUGUUGCGCCACAGAUGGUGUGGAGCCGCAAUAUAUCAAGGAGGAGAUUUUGCCGCAUUUCUUCAAGUUCUUCUGGAAUCAUCGUAUGGCCCUGGAUCGGCGUAACUAUCGCCAGCUGGUAGACACUACAGUGGAGAUUGCCAACAAGGUGGGCGCAUCUGAGAUUAUCAAUCGUGUGGUUGAUGAUCUGAAGGACGAGAAUGAACAGUAUCGCAAAAUGGUUAUGGAAACUGUGGAGAAAAUCAUGGGAAAUCUGGGUGCAGCGGACAUUGACUCCCGCUUGGAAGAACAGCUUAUCGAUGGCAUUCUUUACGCAUUUCAGGAACAAACCACUGAGGAUGUGGUUAUGUUGAAUGGCUUCGGUACCAUUGUCAAUCAGCUGGGCAAGCGUGUCAAGCCGUAUUUGCCACAGAUUUGCGGCACCAUUCUAUGGCGAUUGAACAAUAAAUCUGCCAAAGUCCGUCAACAGGCGGCAGAUUUAAUCUCGCGCAUUGCCGUUGUGAUGAAAACCUGUCAGGAAGAGAAGCUUAUGGGCCAUUUGGGCGUUGUGCUAUACGAGUAUUUGGGUGAGGAGUAUCCCGAAGUACUGGGCAGCAUUCUGGGCGCUCUCAAGGCAAUUGUUAAUGUCAUUGGAAUGACGAAAAUGACGCCACCCAUUAAAGAUUUAUUGCCGCGUCUAACACCCAUUCUAAAGAAUCGUCACGAGAAGGUGCAGGAAAACUGUAUCGAUCUCGUGGGACGCAUUGCAGAUCGUGGCCCCGAAUAUGUGUCGGCACGUGAAUGGAUGCGCAUCUGUUUCGAGCUGUUGGAGUUGCUCAAGGCCCAUAAAAAAGCCAUUCGACGCGCCACAGUCAACACAUUUGGCUACAUCGCCAAGGCAAUUGGACCGCACGAUGUGCUCGCAACGCUACUGAACAAUCUGAAGGUGCAGGAGCGACAAAAUCGUGUGUGCACCACCGUAGCCAUUGCCAUUGUGGCCGAAACCUGUCGUCCCUUCACCGUCCUGCCAGCUCUUAUGAACGAGUAUCGUGUUCCCGAGCUGAACGUGCAGAAUGGUGUCCUCAAAUCGCUGUCCUUCUUGUUUGAGUACAUUGGCGAAAUGGGCAAGGAUUAUAUAUACGCAGUGUGUCCUCUGCUGGAGGAUGCGCUCAUGGAUCGCGACCUUGUGCAUCGACAAACAGCAUGCGCGGCCAUUAAACACAUGUCCCUGGGCGUCUACGGCUUUGGCUGCGAGGAUGCGCUCACCCACUUGCUUAACUAUGUGUGGCCGAACAUCUUCGAGACAUCACCCCACUUGGUGCAGGCCUUUAUGGACUCUGUAGAUGGUCUGCGCGUCUCACUGGGUCCCAUCAAAAUACUUCAAUAUACGCUCCAGGGUCUCUUUCAUCCGGCACGCAAAGUGCGCGAUGUCUAUUGGAAGAUUUACAACUCACUCUACAUUGGCGGUCAGGACGCGCUGAUUGCCGGCUAUCCGCGCAUCACCAAUGAUCCAAAGAAUCAAUAUGAACGCUACGAACUGGACUACAUGCUUUAAAGCCACUAAACAGCAACGCGUCAUGACCUUUUCAAUUAUGAUUUUAAAAAAAUGCAAAGUAAUAAGAAAUACAAUAUACGAGCGAUGACAAGAUAUCAUGCACCAUCAUCAUGAA